AUGUCCUUGAGGAGGCAGGCCAUGUGCUCCUCUGAGCACCUUUUGCAGGCAUGGCUGCACCCAUCCCAUCAACAAGCAACCUUUUUAAUGUCACAAAUGAGACAUUCAUGGACCACCUCCCAUAUCUCAAGCCUGAAGUGCUUGCAAGAAGGGCAGACUGGAGGAGGGGAUGGUGACAGAAGUGAUGAUGGGGGUCGAGAUGAUCAAUGGAAGUGGACUCACCUGAGGUUGACAGAUCAAUGGGUGCCUGCUGUGUCUGCAGCAUCUGUGAGGAUGGUGAUGCAUGCUGGCAUGGAGAGGGUGCAGGUGGUGGGGUUUGAUGAGAUAAAGAUGCAGGUGGUGGUGCACCUCCAGUGGAAUCAGAUUCUGCUGUCAGGUUCUAAUAUUGGUGUCAGCAAAUGGGGUGGACAAAGGCUGGCAGGCUCCUCAAACUCCACAGAAAACCCAAAAGUGCAGUUCACCACUCAGUGCUUGGAGGAUGUUCAGGGGAUGGGGUCACCUACAAGGCAUGCACAGACUGUGGCACAUAGGGCUUUGAAAAAUUAUAAGAAUGGUUCCAGGAGCAACAUGGAGCAUGAUGUGAGAAGACACUCACAUCCGUUUACGCAAUAUGAGCCAGAGAGCAUUACUCAUCUCAUAGAGAGUAUGAAUGUAGUUAGGGUGCUCAACCAGCCCUUGAAGUCUGCAAGUUAUAAAGUUUAUAAGGGUAGCAGCUUCAGACCAUUCCUUGAGGAGCUGAACCUGCAGUGCUUGCGUGACACUCUCCAGCAACUAAGUGUGACUCUGAGCACUGAAUAG